AGUGUUCGACGUUCGACGAGACAAGUGGGGUAUUGUGUUUGUUGCAUAUUUUUGUGUUGCGUGUCCUGUUCCGAGGUCGUUGAAUUUAGACCUUGAAAAGAUAAAAAUGUCAAAUAGUAGCAGUACGGAAGAUGUUGAUCAGCCAACAACCCUGCAAGAUGCUAUUAAUAGGAUAAAAUUUAUCAAACUUAUACAUAAACAAGAAAUUACAAAAUUACGGGAUGCGAAUAUAAAGCAAGCUGACAUAAUAAAAAAACUUGAAUUAAAUAGGAAAAAAGAACUUGAAUAUUUGUCUUGUGAACUUCAAAAGUACGAACUAAAUCUUGCUCUCAAAACCGAAUCUGUUAAAAAACAAUUGGAACAUAAGGAUGAUAUAAUUCAAAAGCAACAGGUAAUAAUAGAAGAACUUAAGCAGAAAUUAAAACAUAAAGAGCAAUUCGACGUACCUGAAAUAAUAAUACAAGUCGAAUCGAAUUCUGACUCUGGUGUUGCUAUGGAAAAUGAAGAAUUGCUUAGCACACAUAAAUCUGAACAGACUAAAACAGAAGCAAAGGCGACUAGAAAAUAUAGCAGACGAUUUGCUGACCCCAUUAGUUUUCUUAGAAGAGUAGACUUUUCUCCCAUGAAAUAUAAACCAAGUAAUAGAGAUGGACCAAAGAAGAAGGAGGAAAAAAAGAAAAUCUUAGAAGCACCAUGUAAAGAAAUCAUACAUAUUGGACAAGACAGUAACGAAAAGGCUACCAGUGAUGACGACAGGCGAUCUGAGGAUGCCUUAUUCUCUGAUGAAACUAUAGAACCUGUAAUAUUAAGACCUAAGAAAAUUAACGAUAGUAUGAACAAUCAUUUCUCUGACGACGGAAGCGAAGACACAAGUGAAGAAAUAUUCGACCGAGUUAUGACCAGAAGUAGCGUCCGCAGAUCGGUCAAAGCUAACCCAAAGUAUAAAAAAAUAAAUAGAACGAAAUCUAAAAUGUUAGAACAGGUUAAAGUCAAUAUUGUGAACUAAAAGGUUUCCUUGUUAAGACUGAUAUUUAUUUUGUAUUUAUGGUGUGACUUCAAUUAAAUUGAAUGUUAAAAAAAUAUAAUGUAAUUAUCAA